AUGGUUGACAGGGAACUUAAUAGCAUGAAUCUUGUGAAUAGCUCUCUCAGGUACGUGGAGCCACAGAAUCUAACAGGCGUCUCAGAAUUCCUCCUUCUAGGCCUUUCUGAGGAUCCAGAACUGCAGCCUCUCCUCUUCGGGCUGUUCUUGUCCAUGUACUUGAUCUCUGUGGCUGGGAACCUGCUCAUCCUCCUGGCUGUCAGCUCUGACCCCCACCUGCACACCCCCAUGUACUGCUUCCUCUCCAACCUGUCCUUGGCUGACAUUGGUUUCAUCUCCACCACAGUCCCCAAGAUGCUCAUGAACAUCCAGGCACAGAGCGAAUCAAUCACUUAUGCCAACUGCCUCACACAAGUAUCCUUUUUCUAUCUCUUUGGAUGUCUGGAUGAUCUCUUACUCACUGUGAUGGCCUAUGACCAUCUUGUGGCCAUCUGUUACCCCCUGCACUUCAUAGUCAUCAUGAACCCCCGCCUCUGUGGCUUGCUAGUUUUGGUAUCAUUUUUCAUCAGCCUUUUGUACUCGCAGCUCCACCUUUCAUUGGUGUCACAGAUUACCUUUUGUACAGACGCUGAAAUCCCUAGCUUCUUCUGUGACUCUUCCCAACUCUUUAACAUUGCCUGUUCUGACACCUCCACCAAUACCAUCUUAGCAUAUUGUAUCGGUGCCAUCUUUGGUGGUGUCUCAGUCUCAGGGAUCCUUUUCUCAUAUAUGAGAAUUGUUUCCUCAAUUCUGAGAGUCUCAUCUUCAGGUGGGAAGUAUAAAGCUUUUUCUACCUGUGGAUCUCACCUGUCAGUCAUUUGCUUAUUUUUUGGAACAGGCCUUGGAGUGUACCUGAGUUCAACUGUCUCAUAUUCUGCCCAGAAGGGUGCAGUGGCCUCAGUGAUGUACACUGUGGUCACCCCAAUGCUGAACCCUUUCAUUUACAGCCUGAGGAACAGGGACAUCAAAAGAGCCCUGCAGAAGCUCCUCAGAAGAACAGCCUGA